GGAGCGAGCUGUAUUGAGCGUUUAGCUAGCUACGUUAAGCUAACCGCAGCAUCGUCGCCGUUCCCCCCGCGAUUCUCGGGGUUCACCUUGCGCUUUAAUAAACGAACAAAUGGCUCUGCUAACGCCGCUGUUCGCCUUCUUGUAUCACCUGCCGCAGGUGUACAAAUGGCUGCUAAAGCCGUAUUAUCUCGUGUCCCUCUUCAUGUCCAUAGCCUUUCUAGCUGUCAGAAAGACGCCGGGCGUCUGCGACCAUUUAGACACACAGCGAGAGGACGGCAACCCCUGCGACUUCGACUGGAGAGAAGUGGAGAUUCUCAUGUUUCUUAGUGCCAUCGUCAUGAUGAAGAACAGACGAGCCAUAACGGUGGAGCAGCAUUUGGGGAACAUCAUCCUGUUCAGCAAAGUGGCCAACGUCAUCCUGUUCUUCAGACUGGACAUCAGGAUGGGUCUGCUCUACCUCACGCUCUGCAUCGUGUUUCUGAUGACGUGUAAACCUCCUCUGUACAUGGGACCAGAGUACAUCAAAUACUUCAGCGACAAAACCAUUGAUGACGAGUUGGACAAAGACAGUCGCGUGACUUGGAUCGUGGAGUUUUUUGCCAGCUGGUCUCCAGAAUGUCAGUCCUUCGCCUCGGUCUAUGCCGAUCUCUCGCUCAAGUAUAACUGUGCCGGUCUCAAAUUUGGCAAAGUGGACAUUGGACGUUAUGGAGACGUUACCAAGAAGUACAAGGUCUCUGCGUCUCCACUGUCCAAGCAGCUUCCAUCGCUGGUGAUGUUCCAGGGAGGGAAGGAGGUGAUGCGACGCCCCCAGGUGGACAAGAAGGGGAGAGCAGUGUCCUGGAGUUUCUCUGAGGAGAACAUCAUCCGAGAGUUCAACCUGAACGAGCUCUACCAGAAGUCCAAGAAGCUCAGCAAGAACAAGGAGGACAAAGUGAACCAGUCCAGGUUCCCACCGGUUCCUGAGGAGCAGGAGCCGGAUCAGCAAGACGGCGAUGACCACAUGGAAGAGACGGAAUCCAAGAAGGACAAAUGAGAUGGUUUGAUUAGCUCCUCCUCCACAUCUGCGUUUAGCUUGUUGAGAAUUAAACAUUUCCAGCCUGUGAUUCAUCACAUGUACGUUUUUUUUACUUUUAAACAUGUCAGCAGAAUCAAGCACUGAAGUGGAGACGGAGACAGAGUGAAGCAGCUGUUUUUUGUUUUUUUUUGUUGUGACUAAUUUAAUUCCGAGUAGAUGACACUUUAGUUUGUUGUUUUUGUGUUUAGUCAUUAUUUUAACUUUAACUUAAUUCCCAUUAACAGUGUCACAACCAGUCUUGUAUAAAGUACCUUAAAUGGAUACUUGAGUAAAAGUACAAGUAUGUGACCAGAAAAUGACUUUGGUUGAAGUCACUUGUUUUUAUAAUAGUACUUAAGUAAAAGUCUAUUUACAUUUACUGUACUUAAGUAUCAAAAGUCAUUAACACAUUUUUGUGCCUGACUGUGUAACAAAUACAAAAACUCCAUAACAUUACUCAGCAAAAAUGAAUUUUUUAUUUUUACUUACGUUUUGGACUUCGUCUCUUACAUUUUUAUCUGCACAAUAUCUGAUCCAGUGAUUCUGACCUGUAUCGGACUGAUACCGACUAUUGCAUCAAUAUCCUGACACCAAGUAUCCAGAGUAUCGUAUCGGACUGUUCCUAUAACGUCAACGGUACACGGCGUAGAACAAAAUAGUUACUUUUGUCACCUUAAGGACAAAAAAGGUACCAACAGAAACCCAGUACAGUAUAAACCUACAUCUCCCUGUCGUCAUGGAUUCCAUAUAAUAUUUGACCUCAAAUGAAUGUUUUUACCAACAUUCCGCCUACAUUUAUAAACAAAGAUUACAGGUUCCAAUCCAACACAGAACAUUUUUUACUGAAUAUUUCUGUUAUCAUUUAUUUAAAGCGUCCAUUUCUGUUAUUAAUAUUUAUAUUUCAUUUGUAGCUGUGAAUAUGAGAAUGUGAACGAGGCCAACAGGUUUCUUUUGACUUCAAGUCUGAAUAUGAAUAUAUAUAAGAAUUAUCACCUCUAAUGUGGGGUUUUAUUAACUGUAAUCUGGAUUAACACGACUGCUGCUGCUGAUGGAAAUGUCACUCAUCCUGCUGAAGAAUUGGUUAAAUAGAUUUGCUUCUUCAGAUCAGAUAACACAAUCAUGCACUGAAAGCUUGUUUUUUUUUUAUCCAAACAAACCACAUUCCAGGAUUAUGUUUGCUUUUAUAAAAUUUGCCUUCACUAUGAUUUUAUCUUUAAUUUUCUUUAAUCAGUAAAUGUUUCAGUUUUUUUAACUUGUGUCACCGUUUCAAUUAGAUUAUUGAUCCCACUGUCGUUUUAAUCUUUGAUUUAUUAUUUGUGAUGUUUGUCCCUUCUUUGUUUUUAAAUCAUGUCGCGUUUUCGAGGCUCGCGUGUACAUUUGCUCCAAGGAAAAAACCUUGUCAGAAAAAGUCUGUUCUAUUAUUCAUGCAAUAAAAAUGUGCACAUGAA